CCGCUCUGGGCGCCUCACGGAGAUGUCGCUGCCGGCGCUGCCCGGCUUCCUUUUAGCGCUGGCCCUCCUGGGUCAGCAACGCUGAGUUCGGGGUUCUCUGGUCUCGCCUGCCCCUAGCCGUGAGGCUUCUGCCCGCUUCCCCUCGCCCUUCGGCGGCCUCGGGGCGGCAGGGCCCUCGCUGGCCCGGCAGCAGUGUGGAGGGCCUGAGGCGCGGCUGUCCGAGUGCGGCCCGGCCCGGGGCAGCCCUGCCGCGCUUUUGGCUUUCCCCGUGUUUCCACUCCCUCCUCCCCCGAGCUCUGGCUGCCCUUGGGCUGCUGCGGUGGCAUUUCCCCUCAGGAGGUGUCGAGGGGGAGGCGCAGCAGCCGUGGCCGAGCCGCGGGGUGCUCGGGCUUUGGCCCACGCCAUUCCAGCUCGCACCAUGCCCUGUGUCACUCCUGGUGCGCUUCACUGCAAGGGGAGGGCUUUUUGAAAUAACGCGUGAAUAUUGCCUGAAGGAAAAGGGAAAGGAACGAGGCCGGGAGGAAGAGAACCCCCUCACCUGCUGAGCAGGGCAGCUGGUAAGGCCGGUGCUUCACGUCCUGCUGUAUCCAUCACAUUCUGCAGCAAUGCUGCCAGCCGGGCAAGCCUUUGCAGGACAGGCCUUUGGGACAUUCCUGGUAUCUCUGCGGUGCCACCGGGUGAGGGUGGCCCAGAAAAACAUCCAGUUCCUGCCUGAAGGCAUGCCUGUCCUGGUUGCUCACUGAAAUUAACCCAGCAGUCUGGGGCUGACAGACCAUGAAGGAAGAAUAAGGGAAUCCUGAAGCAGCAACAGACUGUUUGCUCCUGGACUUUGUCCAGAGGGACUGUUUGCACAUCAGUGCUCUCUCUUACCAGUGGGAGCAUGGAAGAAAAGGAGACGUCACCAAGUCACACCUCAGAGAGCAGCAUGUUGGACCUCCCCUCUGUUUGUGACCUAGCAGAGCACUUUCUGCCUCCACACAGCUCUGAGAACAGCCAGGAGCUUUAUCCUUCUGGGGAUGUUUUUCCCUCUCCACCCACAGGAGAGAGCAAUCCAUCAUCUGCAGCUCCUGCAGCCCGUUCUGCUGAAGGCUCUGAGGAAGCAAACGUGAGCUGUUACCUAAAAGCAGGGCUGUGUGAGCCCUCUGAACCUAAUGAUGUGCUCUCCUGGAUGCAUGAACGUGAAGAUGCAGAAGAUCCCAGCAUCAGGGGCUCUCUGGAUGGCUUCUACAAAAUGUAUUGCAGAAAGCAGCCAGAGAGAGAGGAUCCGACCUACGAGGCUGCCUCACGGUGUCUGUCGCAGAAGAUUUUAGAGCUGGAGCAAAAAGAUGGGACAAAAUAUGUGUCACGAUGCCUGCAAAUGGCACAGCUGGUCUUGAACAGAGAUGGAUGUAAGGUCUUUCCAAACCACCCCCCUUCUGCUUGCUUCUCAAAGCCAGCUGAAGGAGAAGUCUUAUUGGAAAACAGGAGGAGGAUACCUGGACUCUCAGAUGAUGUCUUGCAGUUCGUCUUGAAACAAACACAGGCAGAACGUAGCCCUGAUGUGUCACAUGAGAAGUGAGCAAGACACUGCUUUGUGUCAUGGAAGCUUUGCUUUCACUCCGGGAAGAGGUGACUUUCUUAGACAGACGUCAUUCUCCAAGCACCACCUUCAGCACCCGAUGCUUCAUGGAGGGGUUCACCCACGCCAGACCUUGCACCUUGCUCUCUGAGGGCAGCACUGCAUUAGGAGCAUCUGUGUAACUGCUUGGGAUGUGUUGACUGAUGCAGUGUUUGUUGCUGGGACAUCAAACAUGAUAAUUUAUACCUACCAGGCUUUAAAAUUGGCCUGCAUCCUUACCCCAGGGUAACAGUGGUCCAGCCCAAAUUCAGCCCCUGGAUGGGCAUUGCUGUCCAAUGCUGUUGGCUAGAACAGAAUGUUUGAAUGACCUUGGCAUGGUGUGCUCCAGCCCUGCAGAGGGAAAGUUAAGAUUUUGUUCUGAGUAUUUGUCUCCACAGGGUGCCUGUUAGCUCUGUGUUUUUACCUACAGACAUAUAACCCCACAGUUCAUUACUGCAAUGCCAAGUGAGUUUUUCUGACAGAAAAAGUGUGUGUGUGCAUGAGAAAGAGAAAAUACAGCUCUGAGUAUGCUCUCUGACAGUGCUUCUGUCCUAUUUACCUCCUCACCAUUACCUCCCCCAACAACCUUCAGUUCCUUUCUGACUUUCAUGGUGGUGCUAAUGAGAUCCCUGGGGGAAAGUUCCCUUUAAAAUGAAAUGGAUCUCUCUGAGCCCAAAGAGGCUGAUGUCAGUCAGCAACAGAGCAAUGAGCCCACACAGACACUUAAGGUUUCUCUCUCAGAAGCCUCCCAGCUCGGUGGCUUCCUUGUUGCUUUACUGCCUCUGCCAGGCAGUUAAAUGUCUUUGUGCAUGUUUUCCACCCACUGGCCUGUGGACUGAAAGAGCAGUUUGCUGUAGUGAUGAUGUUUGCUGACUGGGGAGGCCAUUCUGCAGCGUGGGUGUGAGCAAGGAAGCGCAAAGUGCCAGAGGAAGGGCUGUGUUUAAGAUGACAGCAGAUGGGCAAAGGAGAAGGAAAGAAAGGGUGGUUGGGGUCUCAAAGGUCACCAUCAGUGUGGUUGCUCCUGUACAGCCACAGGGCUCACACCAGUUUCGGUAUUUGAUGUCCUGUGUUUGCCAGCCCAGCUGCAAACCUCUCAUCCACUCCCUGUCCACACCGGCCAGAUCUCAGAGUGGGUGUUUGUGUUCCUGCAUGUCACAUUCCCUGCUGCAGUCCCACAUGGGGCUGCUAUUCCUGCCUUGCUGCCCCUGGCAGAUUGGCACAGCUGCUGUGCUCUGCAGGUGUUCCCAGCAAAGGCAAUGGAAAUAUGGCUGCUGCCUUCAGUCAGAGCAGGAGGGGGCCCAGCUGGCUGCAAGUUAUGGCCAAAGUCUUAGGACUUGGUUUAAUUUCUCUUUGCAAAUAGAUUUAUAUUGGAAGUGCCUGGGUUUAGUUUCCUGUCCCUGAGUUAUCAUGGAACCAAUACAUUUAGCUUUGUGGUGGUCCUGCUCUGUGUGUGGCUUGUUUGCUUUUAUGGCAAAGGUGUUGUACAUGUGCUGGAGGGCACACAGAAUAUUGGAGCAGGCCUUCAGCUCCCCCAGCAUUACUCAAGUUAAUGGUGCCAAGGGGAAAAAAAGAGGUGAGGGUGCAGCAUCAUUUCUGUAGUAGCAAACAAACCCACAGGUGCUUGUGUAUCAAGAUCCAGAUGAAAGCAUCCUGCUGGCAAAAACUAUAGAGAAUGGCAAUAUCAGCUAGUUUAGCCACAGAUACAGCUGGAAAAAGCAAGCAUGCUCCUGAGUGUGCUGUCAGUAAUUACAGUAACAUCACUGGCCCCUCUGCCAGCUCACACUGCUUAACCCCCACGGAUCUGCCACAGCCACAAGGGCACUGGUUUGACAGAUGUAGGGAGAUACUGCUGAGGAUGUACAGGGAACAAGGAAGGUCUUCAUCACAUGUUGUUGUUUUUCAUCUUUUCCAGUGUUUAUGCUGUUCCACACAGUUAAAUUAGCUGCUGUGUAAAACCUCUUAACUGCCAUUUUAAGGGAAGUAAACUCCCAUGAAG